AGAGAGAGAGAGAGAGAGAGAGAGAGAGAGAGAGAGAGAGAAAGAGAGUGAGAGAGAGAAAGUCACUGGCUGUUUAGCCUCACAGCUUGAGGAUAGGUGCUGUCAUUGAACCUGGUGGUCAUUCUUUAGUCACUGGCUGUUUAGCCUCACAGCUUGAGGAUAGGUGCUGUCGUUGAACCUGGUGGUCAGUCUUUAGGCUGCUGUACAGCUUGACGGACUGUAGAGGAUUGAACAUUUGAGAAUGAGAAUAAAACAGCUUCAUAACAAUCAAUGUAGAAAUGUGUUUACAGUACAACAGAGCUGUUCAAUAAGUGGUUGUUGUUGUUGUUGAUGAUGACUAUUGGAUACAUUAGGAAAAUGUUUUUGCAUCACACAACAUGUCAUCUUAAAUAGACAGAUGUAGACAGACAUGCAACACAUCACACACAUUACAUACAUAGUGCAAUAGACUUACAGACAGACAGUAUUCACAUAGACAACCAUAUUGCACAAUACAACACAAUACAAUAUGAGCCUGGUUCAUUUUCAGUAAUGAGGCCCUGUACCCCAUUUACAUUUUAAACUUCUAUGUAUCAGGUGGAGUUAUUCACCAGCUAUAGAGUGAGUUGUUGUUUAUGUUUCUAAGACUGCAGGGUGGGAGAUGCAACAAUGGCCUUGAGAACAGCAGGUAGUGUGUUGGUGGUCUUUCUCUGGUCUGUAGCAGGUGUUCUGGGACAAAAUACUGUGAAGAGUGUCUGUGCCUUAAAGGGGUCAUCAGUGGACAUGCGCUGUCCUGUUCCCAGUGUGACCCAAGUCACAGAGAUAGUCUGGUAUAGCACACAGUUGAAUGGUAAGCUGUAUGAUCUGAGAUGGGACCCUAAGUAUGAUGGUCGUGUGGAGUACAGUGGAACUACAGAGAAGGACUGUAUCCUGAGAAUCACAGACCUGAGACAGAGUGACAUAGCAACAUAUCACUUCAGAUAUAAAACAAACCAGGAUUCAGAAUGGAAAUAUUCAUAUGGAUUCACUCUCAGUCUCACAGAUCUAAAGGUGGAGAGGAUAUAUGACAACACACUGACCUGUAGCACCACCUGUACUCUGACUGACAACCCCACAUACAUCUGGUACAAGAACGGACAACGUCUAGAUGAGAGCACCUCCCCCCAGUACAAAUACUCAGUCUCCAGUAACUAUGACGAUAGUUACUCCUGUGCUGUAAAAGGCCAUGAGGAUCUCCACUCUCCUGCAGUGUGUGUUCAGGGUCACAACUGCUGGAGGGUGACUUACACCAAGAGGAGAAUCUGUGCCUUGAAGGGCUCCACAGUGGACAUAUCCUGCUCUUACACUCAUCCCACUAGUUAUAUAGAACAAGGUUCAUUCUGGUUUACACAGAAACACCCUGUAGAUGUCAGGUCAUAUCCAGAGUCUGCAGGUCGUGUGGAGUACAAUAGGAACCACCACACCAUGACAAUAACACACCUGACAGAGAAUGACUCGGCUGAAUACAAAUUCAGAUUAAAAACAACAAAUAAGGGGAGAUUUUCUGGUCUUCCUGGUGUGAUGUUGACUGUCACAGAUAUCCUGUUGGAGAUGGAUCCCACGUCUGUGUCAGAGGGGGAGAGAGUCACACUGAGAUGUAGAACCAAAUGUACAGUCGGUCUCAACCCCACCUACAUCUGGAACAAGAACGGACAACGUCUAACCAACCCUUUCACCAGUUAUAACAGCCUGAUCCUAGACCCAGUCAGCAGUUAUAACAGCCUGAUCCUAGACCCAGUCAGCAGUUAUAACAGCCUGAUCCUAGACCCAGUCAGCAGUGAGGAUGCAGGGAACUACUCCUGUACUGUAGAAGGAUUAGAGAGAAUCCUCUCUCCAGAAGAGACUCUCACUGUCAGAUAUCGUCCAAAGAACACCUCAGUGUCAGUCAGUCCCUCUGGUGGAAUAGUGGAGGGCAGUUCAGUGACUCUGACCUGCAGCAGUGAUGCCAACCCACCUGUCCAGAGUUACACCUGGUACAAGAAGAAUGGAGGUGACUAUCAGAGUAUGACAGGACCACAGCAUGUCUUCAAUCAAAUCCAGUCAUCUGACAGUGGAGAGUACUACUGUGUGUCCCAGAAUGAGAUGGGGAAAGACAGGUCUAGGACCAUUAACAUGGAUGUGAAGUAUUCUCCAAAGAACCCCUCAGUGUCAUGUAAGUUCACCUAA